CCUUCUCACUUCUUGCAUCUAUAUAUCUCUUCCACAACUAAAACCCUACCGCCAUCUAAAAUCCCAAAGUGUAAUCCAAGGAAGAGGGGAACAUAUGAUGAACUGGUGGUGGAAACUUCGGUUUGCAGCGGCAGUUUUGGUCUUGUCAGUCGUCGGCAGUGCCGGCGAGAUCCCGACGACGCUGGAUGGGCCUUUCGAUCCAGUGACCUCGUUUCUGGAUCACAUCAAGUUCCGCGGCCUCGCUGUGGACCUGCCGGACUCCGAUCCGAGGGUGCAGCGGCAGGCCCGGGGCUUCGAGCCGGAGCAGAUCUCCAUCUCCCUCUCCACCACCCCGGACUCUAUCUGGAUCUCUUGGGUCACAGGGAACUUCCAAAUUGGAGAACACAUCGAGCCAUUGGAUCCAACAUCUGUAGCUAGCAUCGUGCAAUAUGGAAGAUCCCGACAAUCCCUAACUCACCAGGCUGUUGGAUAUUCACUUAUUUACAAUCAGCUCUAUCCAUUUGAAGGCCUUCAGAACUAUACUUCUGGAAUAAUCCAUCAUGUUCGGCUCAGAGGACUGAAACCAGGGACAAGAUACUAUUAUCGAUGUGGAGAUCCUUCUAUACCAGCCAUAAGUGAUAUCCAUGUUUUCAAGACAAUGCCUGCUUUGGGUCCCCGAAGUUACCCUAAGCGAAUUGCUGUUGUUGGGGAUCUGGGACUCACGUACAAUACCACUUCCACAAUUGAUCAUAUGAGAAAUAACAAGCCUGAUCUGGUUUUGUUAUUAGGCGACAUUCCUUAUGCAGAUCUAUAUCUAACAAAUGGAACUGAGUUGGACUGCUUAACUUGUUACCAUCAUCAUAUGUUUCCCAUUGGUGAGACCUACCAGCCUCGUUGGGAUUAUUGGGGAAGGUUUAUGGAGCCUCUUACAUCGGAAAUUCCAAUAAUGGUAGUCGAAGGAAACCAUGAAAUGGAAGAACAGAUCGAAAACGAAACCUUUGUAGCUUACAGCUCUAGAUUUGCAUUUCCUGCCGAAGAAAGUGGAUCGUUUUCCACAUUUUAUUAUUCUUUUAAUGCUGGGGGUAUACAUUUCAUCAUGCUUGGUGCCUACAUUUCCUUCGAUAAGACAGGGGAGCAAUACCAGUGGCUAGAGAGAGACUUGGCAAAUGUAGACAGGUCAAUUACUCCCUGGUUGGUAGCUGCUUGGCAUCCACCUUGGUACAGCACUUACAAAAUGUUUUACAAGAAAACGGAGUGUAUGAGGUUGGAGAUAGAAGAUCUACUAUUCUCAUACGGUGUUGACAUCAUCCUCAAUGGCCAUGUUCAUGCCUAUGAAAGGUCGAACCGAGUUUACAACUAUAUGUUAGAUCCCUGUGGUCCUGUUCACAUCACAGUUGGAGAUGGCGGCAAUCGGGAAAAUCUAAUGACCGUACAUGCUGAUGAUCCUGGCCAAUGCCCGGAUCCUUUGGAUAGCAGUAUGAGCAUUGGUGGCUUUUGUGCCACCAACUUCACUUCAGGACCCGCAACAGGCCAAUUCUGUUGGGACCAACAGCCCGAGUACAGUGCAUAUAGAGAGAGUAGCUUUGGCCAUGGAAUCUUGGAGGUAAUGAAUGAGACCCAUGCAUUAUGGACAUGGCAUCGGAAUCAGGAUUUGUAUAAUAGUACAGGCGAUGCGAUAUAUAUAGUUAGGCAGCCGAAUAAGUGCUCUAUCCGGCGCAUGGUGGUUGACCCUCAUAAAACUACUUGAUCAGUGACCCCUGAAGAACUCUUACUUGGACAUGUUAUAUGAUUGUCAAAUAUCUACGUAUUUAGAAAAAUUUAACAUAGAAAUCUUCUAAAAGCUGGAUAUGCAGACAGGUUAAUAUUUUAUAUAUGUAUAUGUAAGGAUGUGUUGAUGUAUGUGUAAAAUGAAGAGGAAAACCUAUGCUAUUUAAGUUUAUAAAAUUUGAUAAAAGUAUCAGCUAUUGUCAUGUUAAAGUUAAUAACUUUAACAUGGGAAAUGCCCCAAAAGUGAACAUGCGAUGAUAAUGAUAUCAAAUUUGAUGGUAUAAAAU